UUACGCAAAUUUGGCAGAAGAAUUAGGGAAAAGAACAAACGAGAACGAACCCUACUUGUGUUCCUACCUUGUUCUUCGCUUUUUUUUUUCGUCUCUCUCAAACUACGAUUCGCGAUUUUUCAGACGAAUACACAACGAUCGACUCAUUUCUGACUGAACAACGGAAGCUAGUUAUGGAAUUUUUGCGUGGAGUAGACCCUCAAGUGCAGUGAUGCUUCUGAGACAGCUAAAACAAUUUACCUUGUCUGCUGCGCGCAGAAAUGGUGUUUUCGGAACUGAUGUUAAACAGCUUACAAGGUUCUAUGGCUCUCCUGCUGUUUGCGAAUCUCUGACAACAACAACCUCUAAGGUUUACAAAAGACUGUCUAAAGAGGAUCGGCGAGUUUUGGUUGAGUCUUAUGUCAACGAAUACAGAGCAAGUAAUGCUGGUAAAUUCCCUACACUAAGCGCUACUCUCAAGGCAGUGGGAGGCUCUCGUUACAUUCUCAGGGUGAUCUUACAAGAGCUGAAACUCAGACCAAAAGCAGAUGUGCCAAUUGUAGCUAAAGCUCUCUCAGAAGUCUCAGUCUCUCCUUCUGUGCCAGAUGGUUCUUCCUCGCACUUCUCUCCUGUCGUUGUUGAACCUGAGUUACAAGCUGGCGGUCUGGACAUUGAGAUAGGAAGUGAGCAGAGGCAGGACAUAAUAGAUUCUUCUCUCUCUGGUUCUGAUGGUGAAAGUAAUGUCCAGGGCAACAACAACAUUACUGCAACAGAUGACAAAAGAGAAACGGAGACAAGUCAGAGAAUAGAAGUAGAGGUAUCUUUAAAAAACUCGGAGACUGAGGAAGAGGGAAACGUGAUGCAUUUAGGUAAUCAAGAGUCCAUAUCUGACCAUCUUGAAGGAGCUGCUGUUUCAGCAGAUGAUGAAAGUAAUCUCCAGGGCAACAACAACCUUGUCAUUACUGCAACAGAGGACACAAAAGAAACGGAGACAAGUCAGAGAAUGGAAGUAGGGGUAUGUCUAAAAAACUCGGAGACUGAGGAAGAGGGAAACUUGUCUCACUUAGGUAAUCAAGAGUCGAAAGCAGACCAUCUUGAAGGAGCUGUUACAGCAGAUGUUGUGCCUACUGAGUCCAGACAAGUUUCAGAGACAGGAGCAGAUGAGGUGAAAGAGACAGGCGCUCAUGAAGUGAAAGAGACAGGAGCUGGUGAGGUGAAAGAAGAAAGGUCAAGUGCGUGGAGCAACCUAUUGUCAUUUGCGAAAGAUUUUGCAAGCAUCUGGAGAAGGUAGAUAUAGCGAGGGAGCUUUAGACACGUUCUGGAGGGGUAGGUAGAGGAGUGUGAAUUAUAUUCACUAGUAGAAACUGUUUUGAUUUGGCAAUUUUGCUCAAAGGUUUGGAAUCUCCCGAGAUCAGAACACAACUUUUCUAGUGUCUAGUUUUGUGAUUGACCAUUUUGUACAAAGGGUUAGAAUCUUCCAAGAUGUCUAACAUAGUAAUCUAAACUAUUAUUGUCCUGCU